AUGGAGCAGAACGGAGUUAUAACUAUACACCAUAUGCGUCUACACCGCUGUGAAGGGUGCCUCGCGGCCUGCCGACCGGAGCGCCCCGCGCCCCACAACAAUAACACCAUCAUCAGAAGCCACCACCUGAAGCGAGCGAGACGGCCGCCGUACUCCGCCCCCGCCCUCAACAAGGAGAACCACGUGAUGGCUAAUAUGCCGACACUGCCUUCGCCGCCCGACAACGACGCGUUGCCGAUGCCGUGGUUCGGCAUGGACAUCGGCGGCACUCUCACGAAGCUGGUGUACUUCGAGCCGCGCGAGACUAACCGCCGCGAGAUAGACAAGGAGACGGAGAUCCUCAAGAACAUCAGGCGGUACCUCACCAGGAACUCGGCGUACGGGAAGACGGGCCGGCGGGAUGUGCACUUGCAGAUGGAUAACGUGACGAUUCGUGGCCGCCGCGGCACACUCCACUUCAUCCGGUUCCCCACCAGCGAGGUGGGUUCGUUCCUCCAGCUGGCUCGCUCCAAGGGCAUGGCGACCCUGCUCAACACCAUAUACGCGACUGGUGGAGGCGCUUACAAGUUCGAAGAGGACUUUAUCAAGGAGGUGAACAUGCGGCUGUCAAAGUUGGAUGAACUGGACGCGCUGAUAGCCGGCGUGCAGUUCAUCGACUCGAUGAAUCCGCACGAGUGCUACUACUGGGAACCGAACCAGGAUACCCCGCUCGACGAUGACUCGCCGCCCUACUUGGAGCCGUGCCUCAGCCAAUACGUCCGAAAACCCUUCGACUUCUCAUCACCGUAUCCCUUCCUGCUGGUGAACAUUGGCAGUGGCGUCUCCAUGUUGGUGGUGAGCGCGCCCAACGACUACUACCGGGUCAGCGGUACCAGCCUGGGUGGUGGUACGUUCCUCGGGCUGUGCUGCCUGCUGACGGGCUGCAGCAGCUUCGAGGAGGCGAUCUCGCUGGCAGCGUCCGGGGACAACACGACGGUGGACAAGCUCGUUAGGGACAUUUAUGGAGGGGACUACGAGCGGUUCCGCCUUAGGGGCGACCUGGUUGCGAGCAGCUUCGGGCACAUGUGCUCGGCUGAUCGGCGCGCGAAGGUGUCCCGCGAGGACCUCGCCAGGGCGACCCUCGUCACCAUCACCAACAACAUCGGCUCCAUCGCACGGCUCUGCGCGUCCAACCAGAAUAUUCAGAGGGUGGUUUUCUGCGGCAACUUCCUCCGAGUAAACCCUCUCUCCAUGAAGCUGCUGUCGUACGCGAUGUCCUACUGGUCCAAGGGGGCGCUGAAGGCGCUCUUCUUGGAGCACGAGGGGUACUUCGGUGCCGUCGGCUGCCUCCUCCACUACGACAACAAGAAUCAGAAACAGAGAAAUUGCAGCGCGGAGAACGCGCAGUCGGACAGGUGA